AUGGCAUCAACACAGUUUCCAAGCUUUCGAGCUGCUCCUGUACAAAGUGUUCAGGAGCUCAUCAAAGAGCCCAUCCCUGCAGUCCCACAGCCAUUUAUCCUGGAUGAUCCGCAGCCUCCAAUUCUCUCAGCCAGCAUUCCCCUGCCACUACUCCCCACCAUUGACAUGAAACAUUUAAUUAUGAGUGAAACCGCAGGUUCUGAGCUGGAGAAGUUGCACUCAACUUGCAAAGAAUGGGGUUUCUUUCAGUUGGUGAACCAUGGAGUCAGCUCUUCACUUGUGGAGAAACUGAAAUCUGAGAUCGGAGAAUUUUACAAACUUCCCUUGGAAGAGAGAAUAAAAUACAAGAUGAGGCCCGGGGAUUUUGAAGGGUAUGGGCUUUCCCCGAUUCGGUCAGAAGAUCAAAAACUUGACUGGGGUGAUAGGUUUUAUAUGAUAACCAACCCUAUACAUACAAGAAAGCCGCAUCUAUUACCAGAACUCCCUUCAUCGCUAAGGGAUAGCUUGGAAUGUUACUUAGCGGAGCUGCAGAAACUAGCGAUGAUGCUUCUAGGGUUUAUGGCCAAAGCUCUAAAGUUGGAGAAAGGAGAGAUGGAAGAGUUGUUUGAGGAUGGGAUGCAAUCGGUGAGGAUGACUUACUAUCCUCCAUGCCCACAGCCAGAGCUGGUUAUGGGGCUUACGUCUCACUCUGAUGCAACCGGCAUCACCAUCCUUCUCCAAAUUAAUGGAGUAGAUGGUCUCCAAAUUAAAAAGGAUGGGGUUUGGAUUCCUGUAAGCUUCCUUCCAGAUGCUCUUGUUGUGAAUGUAGGAGACGUUCUCGAGAUUCUGAGCAACGGCGUAUACACUAGCAUAGAGCACCGGGCAACAGUAAAUGCAGCAAAAGAGAGGAUCUCCAUUGCCAUGUUCUUCAAUCCCAAAUUCUCAGCUCAGAUUAAACCUGCACCCAGCCUGAUAAAUCCUCAAAAUCUGCCACUGUUCAAACAUGUAGGCAUGGAAAAAUACUGCAAAGAUUUCUUCUCCCGUAAGCUGGAUGGAAAAUCGUAUCUAGAGCAUAUGAAGAUAAAAAAUGAGGAAGAAUACAGCCAGUUAACAAUGGCAUCAACACAGUUUCCAAGCUUUCGAGCUGCUCCUGUACAAAGUGUUCAGGAGCUCAUCAAAGAGCCCAUCCCUGCAGUCCCACAGCCCUUUAUCCUGGAUGAUCCGCAGUCUCCAAUUCUCUCAGCCAGCACUCCCCUGCCACUACUCCCCACCAUUGACAUGAAACAUAUAAUCAUGAGUGAAACCGCAGAUUCUGAGCUAGAGAAGUUGCACUCAACUUGCAAAGAAUGGGGUUUCUUUCAGUUGGUGAACCAUGGAGUCAGCUCUUCACUUGUGGAGAAACUGAAAUCUGAGAUCGGAGAAUUUUACAAACUUCCCUUGGAAGAGAGAAUAAAAUACAAGAUGAGGCCCGGGGAUUUUGAAGGGUAUGGGCUUUCCCCGAUCCGGUCAGAAGAUCAAAAACUUGACUGGGAACUUAAGAAAAAAUUCCCCUUUUUUAACCAACUGCCUAUUUUGCAGAUUCUGAGCAACGGGGUAUACACUAGCAUAGAGCACCGGGCAACAGUAAAUGCAGCAAAAGAGAGGAUCUCCAUUGCCAUGUUCUUCAACCCCAAAUCCUCAUUGCACUCAACUUGCAAGGAAUGGGGUUUCUUUCAGUUGGUGAACCAUGGAGUCAGCUCUUCACUCAUGGAGAAACUGAAAUCGGAGAUCGGAGAAUUUUACAAACUUCCCUUGGAAGAGAGAAUGAAAUACAAGAUGAGGCCUGGAGAUGUUGAGGGGUACGGGCUUUCUCCAAUCCGGUCAGAAGAUCAAAAGCUUGACUGGGGUGAUAGGUUCUUUAUGGUAACCAACCCUAUACAUACAAGGAAGCCGUAUCUAUUGCCAGAGCUCCCUCCAGCACUAAGGGAUAGCUUGGAAUGUUACUUAGCGGAGCUGCAGAAACUAGCGAUGAUGCUUCUAGGGUUUAUGGCCAAAGCUCUAAAGUUGGAGAAAGGAGAGAUGGAAGAGUUGUUUGAUGAUGGGAUGCAAUCAGUGAGGAUGACCUACUAUCCUCCAUGCCCACAACCAGAGCUGGUUAUGGGGCUUACGCCUCACUCUGAUGCUACCGGCAUCACCAUCCUUCUCCAAAUUAAUGGAGUGGAUGGUCUCCAAAUUAAAAAGGAUGGGGUUUGGAUUCCCGUGAGCUUCCUUCCAGAUGCACUUGUUGUGAAUGUAGGAGACAUUCUUGAGAUUCUGAGCAACGGAGUGUACACUAGCAUAGAGCACCGGGCAACAGUAAAUGCAGCAAAAGAGAGGAUCUCCAUUGCCAUGUUCUUCAACCCCAAAUCCUCAGCUCAGAUUAAACCUGCAGCCAGUCUGAUAAAUCCUCAAAAUCCGCCACUGUUCAAACAAGUAGGGAUGGAAAAAUACUUCAAAGAUUUCUUCUCCCGUAAGCUGGAUGGAAAAUCAUAUUUAGAGCAUAUGAAGAUAAAAAAUGAGGAAGCAUAAAGUACCUGAAGUCCUGCUACAUGCAUAUGGUUAUGUUUAAGUAUGGUAUGGUUUGGCAGUUGCAUGGAUCCAAGAAAUAUUAUA